CUUGUUUCCCAUUUUCGCCAUUUUUGAUUCUCCGAUCGCUUCGCCGUCGCAGAAAUGACAAAAUUCAGGAAGCUCGGUCGCCCAGCUGGUCACCGUAUGUCCAUGCUCAGGACUAUGGUUUCUCAGUUGGUGAAACACGAGAGAAUUGAAACCACUGUUACAAAGGCUAAAGAGGUCCGUCGUCUUGCUGAUAAUAUGGUUCAACUCGGCAAAGAGGGCUCACUAGCUGCAGCAAGGCGAGCUGCUGGGUUUGUUAGAGGAGAUGAUGUACUUCACAAGAUUUUUACUGAAUUGGCUUAUCGAUACAAAGACAGAGCUGGUGGAUACACAAGAAUGCUCCGCACUCGCAUACGUGUUGGUGAUGCUGCACCAAUGGCCUAUAUCGAGUUUAUCGAUAGAGAGAACGAGCUAAGGCAAUCGAAACCAGCAACACCUCAACCACCACCUCGAGUGCCGUUGGACCCAUGGGAAAGAUCUCGUCUCACCAGGCAGUAUGCACCACCAAAGGAAGAGAAGAGUUCUGAUUCCGACAUAUAAAUAUAAGAUCUCUCUUUUGCUCUCUCUCACUCCAAAGAACAUGUUUCUUUUUCUUUUCUUUCCCAUGUUGUUUCUCCUUCGACCCCAUAGCUUUGUGUGUCACGUUAGUCAUCACUGUCCUCAUUUUGUGUUUCACCGAAGGUAGAAAAUACAUAGUAACUUUCUUUUUACCCUUUGAAACAAACAGUUUAUAUGUGCUUCCAUUGAAGCAUCAAGCAUUUAUCCA